ACUAUUACAAAACUGUCAUGGCGGCAUUUGGUGUUCAUUUUGGCACGUGUUCUGCUUGCCUUGCUGUAUACAAGGAUGGCAAGCCAGAUGUUGUUGCUAACGAUCUAGGAGACCGAGUUACACCCUGUGUUGUUGCUUUCACCGACCAUGAUCAGUCAGUCGGAGCUGCUGCAAAGCAGGGCAUUAUUAGGAAUGCAGCCAACACUAUCAGUAAUGUCAAACAAAUUCUUGGACGGAAGAUGGACGACCCAGUUGUUGAGAAUUUUGGUGCCAAGUCUACAGCCAAGGUUGUAGAGAAAAAUGGGAUACCACAGUUUGAAGUAAGUCACAAGGGAAAGACCUGUCAGUAUUCCGCCAGCAAGGUGGCAGAGAUUAUCUACAGGAAGAUGCUAGAAACUGCCCAGAGUCAUGGAGGAAGUGGAAUUCAGGAUGCAGUUCUAACUGUACCAUUUGGCUUUGGUCCGGAACACAGAAACGCUUUCAGUGAGGCAGCAACGAAAGCUGGCUUCAACAUCCUGAGACUAAUCAACGAAGCAUCUGCUGCAGCACUGGCAUAUGACCUUGGACAGAUGGACAACUCAGAGAGCAGCUAUGCCCUGGUGUAUCGGCUAGGAGGUACAUCUAGUGAUGCGACGAUACUGAAGAUAGAAAACGGCAUGUACCGAGUGUGUUCAUCCACUGCGGACAAUCAGUUCGGAGGCAACCAGUUCACUGAAGUCCUGCUCAAAUAUCUUGCUAUGGAAUUUAAAAGGUGA